CUUACAGGUUUCGUGUUGUGAUCCACCAGAACAAAAGUUUCAAAUCACUCCGAGUGCGACCUCCAAUCUCCGUUAGCCAUGAAUUCUCGAAGGGAACAUAGCAACAGAGCAGCACUAUUUGAUGGUAUUGAAGAAGGUGGUAUAAGGGCUUCGUCAUCAUAUGCUUCACAUGAAAUAGAUGAACAAGAGAAUGAGAAAGCAAUGGACGGGCUACAAGAUAGAGUUAAUCUGCUGAAAAGAUUAUCAGGUGAUAUACAUGAGGAAGUGGAUACUCAUAAUAGGAUGCUGGACAGAAUGGGUAAUGAUAUGGAUUCUUCAAGGGGAGUUUUAUCUGGCACAAUGGAUAAAUUUAAGAUGGUAUUUGAGACUAAAUCAAGCCAAAGAAUGUUUACACUAGUAGCCUCAUUUGUUGUCCUCUUUUUGGUGGUAUACUAUCUCACUAGGUAAUUAGCAUUGAAAAUUGGGAUGUGUCGUGAUUUUGUUUGCAGAAGAUGAUGUUGUGUUUACUCAAAAUUCUGCUUCCAAUUCCUCAGUGUAAAAAUUUU